GCGGCGGCCCGUGGUUCUCCCUUUCCUCCUAGGCAGCCCCUUCCCCCUGGGCAGCCCCUCUUGGCGUGGCCGAUCCCGGCCGAGGGACGGUGCGGAAGGGGAAACUUGCCUGAAACCACGUACAGGCCGCUCGGGGCGGCCCUGCUCUCCCCGGGCAGGGCCGUCCCCUUUUUCGGGCCUGUCCCGGGCAGGGCAGGUGCCGAGCAGGACCGUGGAAGCGCCUCGGAGUGCUGGACCGAAGCUUUUGUUCGUGCAGGAGAACUGCAGUGAUGAGAAGGUGACAGGUCACGGGAAAUAAUAACUACUAUGGAACCUUGGCAGCCUUGUAGGUUUGGAAGGCUUAAAUCCAAGUUCGGAAAGGCCUUUUCCAGUCCAGAUGAUUUGCUGGCUGAAGCGCUUAAUUAGAAUGGCUUUUGAACAAAUUGGAUUGAACAUGGAUUCAAUGCUUUGGUCAAGAAAGCCUUAUGGUUCAUCUCGGAGUAUUGUAAGAAAAAUUGGUACUAACCUCUCUCUUAUACAGUGUCCAAGAGUUCACUUUCAGCUUACGUCUCAUGUCACGGAAGGAAGCAGUCCUGCUCAGCUCAGAGAAGAUGCUGUGGCCUCCUUUGCUGAUGUGGGAUGGAUUGCUGAAGAAGAAGGUGAAGUCUCUACAAGGCUCAGAUCAGAAGUUUGGUCAAAAACACCCCAGCCUCUUCCAGGCGAAGCACAUCCUUCCAGGAAGUCCCCACACAGACAAACGUCCUUGCAAAGCCCGUCAGGAGAGGAACCAGUGCCCAGGAGCGCGGUGAUGGCAAACGAAGAAGCACUACAGAAGAUCAGCGCCCUAGAAAAUGAACUGGCCUCUUUAAGAGCACAAAUAGCCAAAAUUGUAACCUUGCAAGAACAGCAGAACUUGACAACAGUUGGGUCAAGUCCACUUGCUCCAGCUGCUGUCCCUGUUCCGCCACCACCGCCGCCACCACCUCCUCCUCCUCUGCCUCCACCCCCUCCCUCAGGUCUGGGUCAGAGUAAGUCUGCAAUUGAUCUCAUUAAAGAGAGGAAAAACAAAAAAAUGAACGCUGGCCAGAAUGUGGUGGAAAAUGGCCCAAAGAAGCCUGAAGUACCAAACAUGCUAGAAAUCCUCAAAGACAUGAACAGCGUGAAACUGCGCUCGGUAAAAAGACCCUUAGAAGGUACAAAAUCUAAAGUGUCUCAGCCUGCAGAUCCUGCAUCAUUAAUAGCAGAAGCUCUCAAAAAGAAAUUUGCUUAUCGAUACCGAAACGAUAGCCAAGAAACAGAAAAAGUGAUUCCAAAGGCUGAAACAAAGACACAGACUGAGGUGCUGUUUGGACCACACAUGCUGAAGUCUACAGGAAAAAUGAAGACUUUAAUUGAAAAAUCUUAGUGUUAAAGAUUAUUCUGCAAAAGACUGUUAAGCUGCUUUGUAUAAAAUAUUUUAUGUUGCAAAUAGCACUAGUACUGAGCGGUCUCUUUCUUACAGCACAGAAAGACCUAAUGUGAAAUGUAGAAAUGAGGCACUAAACAUGUUUGUAUGUAUGUGAUUUAUCAGGGGGAAUAAAUUGGACCAUUAUACUCAGGUAUUAAUUUUAUAUCCCAGCCUGGCUUUCCACUCAGAUUUAUGUGAUGGGUUUAGUUUCUUAACACUAAGUUAUAUAUACAACAUUUUUUGUGCAUAACUGACCAACUUAAACAUUUGUGUACAUGUUAUUAAUGACGGUGAUACACCCUUAAGUUAAUACCAGUUUUAUGUGAGCUCUACCUAUAAUUUGCACUACGAUGUGUAAUUUGAUACUGAAGACUUCAUGUUGAAGUCUUUCUUUUAAACUUAACUGUAGCAAAUUUUUAGCCCAAAGAAAAACUGGAGGCACUCUGCUUCUUACCAAAACAAAGUGAAAACUUGAACCUGCUGCAGAGGUCACCUAAAUUUUACAUGGUAGUAUAUUUUUGUGCAGGGCUUUUUGUUUGUUUCUCCUGAGCUUGCAAGGGUAAGAGAGUAAAACCUGCUUGCAUCGUCCUGUGGCCAUUAUAAAGAGUAAAAUCAUGCUGUGGGAGCCUCUGUCAAUAGGUAGUCAAGGGAAUUUGAAAUAGUCAGACAGCAGCAGAUUAAAGUAUGUGUUAAUUAGCAAAAAGUGGUGUAGAUAAGAAAACAAAGGUAUAAAGUACUGUGGGGUGCAAGUUGCCAAAAGCAGCUCAUCUCUGCUGCUCUAGGAGGUGCUCACAGACACCUCCCCAACUUGGCUCCCUGGCUUUCUGGCAGAUGGGGCUUGCACAAGCCCUCAUGGCCCUGUUUGCUGGGAAGAGAUGGGAUAAGCCCUUCUGGGGCCUUGAUGCAGCAGCCAUUUCCUGUCACACCUGUACCAACCACCUGAGCUCAUGUCUCCAGUCACAGGUGUAGAAAGGCUCAAGCUGAAAGUACAAGUCAGGGUGAAAAGAGCUGUUCAGGAACCAGGAGCUGCUGUUGAGGUGCACACUGAAACAAAGCCAUGGUUUGCUCUGACCAUGGAUGAGCACUGAAAAAGCUGAGCCUGGGUAUUUUUGGUGCUCUAAGCUGAUCCUGGCUACUGGGACAAGUACAACUGCCUCUCUGGGAGCUUCUGUUUCCUAGGAAAACGCAAAAGCAGCAUUUCUUUAAUAAAGACAGCUGAAUGGCUCUGACAAGGCUACUGAAGAUGAGGAAGCUUUGCUGCUUAUAACUGGAAUGUAGGUUGUACACAGAGGAUCUUUGUUUUCUGGUGUGGUACUUGAAAUGGUGUUAAUAUGUACACAACAUAACUUCCUUCCAAAGUGCUCUGCCAUCAGUGCUACUGAUUGGUCAUUCAAUCC